AUGGACUUAUCCGGUGUAUUGAAACCAAUGUCAGUCAAGAGCAACGUCAAGAGGAAAGUAAACCAAGUUUCUAAAGUAAAAUCAAGCAAGCGACAUGCUAAAACCCAACCUGAUGGUAUUCCAAAAAAGACGGUUAGACUUAAUGAAACACAGGAAGUAACAAAGCCUGUUGAAGGUGGUGUUUCCAAAGUACACAAAGCAAAGCAAGUAAAACAUACACUUGGCAGAAAAAUUGCGGCUCCAAAAGGUAAAGUCUCAUCAACGUUCCUGAAAAAUGAUGAACAAGUUUGUCUGUUUUUCCCCUUUUUGUGUGUUUAA